CAGGCUGAUAGUGCCCAGCCUGCGCCUCUCCGCCGCUCCCGAGAGCAGAGCGAGACCCUGCAGCCCCCCGUCCAGCCCUCACCCUCACCCUGGACCCGAACACCAUGUCCACCAACUCCAACCUCACCACCAUGAGGAGAACCGUGGAGCAGCUGAAGCUGGAGGCCAGCGUGGAGCGCAUUAAAGUGUCUCAGGCUGCAACUGAGCUUCAGCAGUACUGCCUCCAGAAUGCCACCAAAGAUGCCCUCCUGGUCGGGGUGCCGACGGGCAGCAAUCCCUUCCGAGAGCCGCGCUCAUGCUCCAUCUUCUAAACCCAAGGAUGAUGGUGUUACUCCUGGAUAUUUGUCGUCAAGGGAAUGUGGAGCUUGGGCUUUUUUUUUUCUUCUUUUUUUAUCAUAAAUGUCUAUUUAUUAAUGAAUUCACAAGUCAGUUUUAAGAAUUUUGAGACAUAUGUUUUAACCAGGUGUACUAUAUUUGUGUGAUUUUGUGUGAUGUGUAAGCUAAGAGUGGAUAAAUCAUACUGUGUUACUUUUUAACCCCUUAAUAGACAUUUGCCUGUAUAUGGGCUACAAGUGUAGAUAAUAGAAACCCCUUUUUUUUCUCUGCAAUAAUGAGUUAUUUACAUUCUGAAAACUUUCUGAAAAAGGCUUCAGAGAGUUGGGCUGCCUGUUCACUUUCAUUCAGUACUGCAUCUAAUAAUUUCAAACCAGAAAGAGGAAUUAAACUAAAUUCUGCAUGUUUAAAAAUAGACAUAGAAACUAGAACUAGCUAAACAAAAGGUAUUUGAUUUGUAUUCAGUAAAAAAAGUAAUAAAAAUGUAUCUUUUUAUGUAAUGCCUGAACAGAAAUCUUCAAGUUUCAGACAUGUAAUUCCAAGCAGAAAUAUAAAAAAAAAAUGCCUGCCUGUUAAAGAAAAAAUCAUAUUUUUUCCAUUAAUAGCUAAAAUUUGUUCCUUUAAAGUAAUGAAACAUACCAGUCCUGCUUACAUUUUUAUAAACAUUUCCUAACCUUUAAAAAACACUUUUACUGUGGUAACUUCCACCUCUGCAGCGCCCUCUCAGGUUCAACUGUGCUAUAGCUGUGUACUUUGGUAUGCAGAUAUAUUUCAAUAUGCAAAUCAGUCUAUCAAUAAUACCGCCUCCUUGCUGAUGUCCAACCAUCUGCGUCUCACCGCUGCAGCUCAGCCAAUCGGUUCUCCCUCCUGCCCCACCUCUAAACCCAUACAUCACCCAGCGCCCCUCCCGAACUACCCCUCCCAUUUUUUUGCCUUUUUCAAAUUUGAGCUGGGGGGUGGAGUCAGCUAUAAUCAAGGGGAUUUCAUUACCUUUUAAGUGGUUUUAAUUAAUGAGUCGUAUUAGGAUGGCUUUGAUAUCAUAAUUAUAUAUAAAAAAAAAAAAGAAAAUGACUCUCCACAUCAAGACACUUGUGAUUUGUACUGUCUAUGAAAAACAAACAACAAAAAGCUAAAAUCACCUGGCAUAAUUAAAAUCAGUACUAGAAACCUUUUUGUAGCCUUAAUUUUGCCUGUACUGCUACUUGAAUUCCAGCUAAACUCAGCAAAUAUACUUCAGACACCAGAUAUGUCUUGUCUAAUCCGCUACUCUCUGAAUAAGGAGAACAAUGUGCAAAUUACAUUUUUCCCUGAAAACUCUUGCUUUCAAAGGCAGUUUCCCAGAAUGCAUUAAUUGUGCAAAGAAAAGUGCCAAGAAUCAAGCCAGAUCCCCGUCUUAUUAAAAUUAGCUGGAAGUCCAUGAAUUGAUAAUUCCUUUCUAAGAACCAGGAGAAAUCAGUGGAACAUCUGAGUGCCUGUACACCCCAGAAAAUGAGCUCUUCUCAUCUCGAGAGCAGAAAAAGGAAAGUAUUGUACUCCUAAGAGAAGCUAACCAGACAUAAAGUAAAUAAUCUGUAUGGAAAAAAAA